CUCUCUGACUGGAAGCCAACAAGAAGAGGCAGAAACCCAGCCCCUCUAUAAACCAGCAACAGGCGUCCGGGUUGCCACCCCUCUGCCGAUUAGUUUGAUUGCGAUAAAAGUGACGAACUAAACCGGGGAAUGGCUCCUGUACCUUUACCUCAAAAGCUAUAAAAUGCUAUAUCAAUGCGGGUUGUUACAGUUUAACGCGGGUUUGUGUUCCACCUCCUCCUCCACGGUCCCCGGCUACUUCCUGGUGCCACAGAGAGAGGCAGUGCUGAGUUAAAGAGACAGAAAUACUGAUAAAAAUUCAGAUAGAAAAAAAUACUGAGAGAAGAGAGGGGUCGGAGACGCGAUAGGAGCAGUUGACUGGAUCCCCAGAAAUUGAAACCCCCCUCUCUCUCUUCUUAUUUAUAUAUAUUUCUUUGUUUAACCGAGUCGUUAUUUUUCGUUGGUUUGUAAACUAACAAACGGUUUGGAUGACGGUUGGCUGCGGCUAAAGCGGAAUUGUAACGGGGAGCAUAUUCCUCCCUCCGACGGAGAAGCCUCGCAGAGAUUUUCCCUUUUUAUUUUACAGUAGACUCAUUUCUGUGUUAUUUUGAACUACGACAUCAUACCGGGUGUUAUUUUAUACAUUUUUUUACGAUUCCACAAAGAAGGGUUAGGGCGACGGAAGAUGGGUUGUUUGGGCAACAGCAAGACUGAAGAUCAACGCAUCGACGAAAAGGCACAACGAGAGGCAAAUAAAAAGAUAGAAAAACAGUUGCAAAAAGAAAGACAAGCGUAUAAAGCCACACACAGGCUCUUAUUACUGGGUGCGGGAGAGUCCGGAAAAAGCACCAUUGUGAAGCAAAUGAGGAUCCUACACGUCAACGGCUUCAACGCGGAAGAAAAGAAACAGAAAAUCCAAGAUAUUCGGAAAAACGUUAAGGAUGCCAUAGUGACUAUAGUGUCUGCGAUGAGCACUUUAAUACCCCCUGUCCCGCUAGCCAACCCAGAGGACCAAUUCAGAAUCGAAUACAUCAAAAGCAUAGCACCUCUCUCUGACUUUGACUAUUCACAGGAGUUCUUUGAUCAUGCAAAGAAGCUGUGGGAUGAUGAAGGAGUGAAGGCAUGCUUUGAGAGGUCCAAUGAGUACCAGCUCAUCGACUGCGCACAGUAUUUCCUGGACAGAAUUGACUCUGUAAGACAGAGCGACUACACCCCAACAGACCAGGACCUGCUGCGCUGUCGAGUGUUAACUUCAGGGAUUUUCGAGACGAGGUUCCAAGUAGACAAAGUGAACUUUCACAUGUUUGAUGUUGGGGGCCAGAGAGAUGAAAGGAGAAAAUGGAUCCAGUGCUUUAAUGACGUCACUGCUAUCAUCUUCGUGGUGGCCAGCAGCAGCUACAACAUGGUAAUAAGGGAAGACAAUAACACCAACAGGCUACGGGAAGCCCUGGACCUCUUCCGCAGUAUUUGGAACAACAGAUGGUUACGCACUAUAUCAGUCAUAUUAUUCCUGAACAAGCAGGACAUGCUGGCUGAGAAAGUAUUAGCUGGAAAAUCCAAAAUUGAAGACUACUUCCCCGAAUAUGCUCGCUACACCAUACCAAAUGAAGCAACUCCUGAAAUUGGUGAAGACCCGAGAGUGACGAGAGCUAAGUUCUUCAUCCGAGACGAGUUUCUUCGGAUCAGCACUGCGAGCGGCGAUGGCAGACACUACUGCUACCCCCACUUCACCUGCGCCGUGGACACAGAGAACAUCCGGCGGGUGUUCAAUGACUGUCGGGACAUCAUCCAGAGAAUGCACCUGCGGCAGUAUGAACUCUUGUGAUGGGAGACCGCCUCCGUCAGCCUUCUGUGUUAUUCUCCACCAUUCUGCAUCCUUGACAAGCUCCUCCUCCUUCCCCCCUUACUCCGCCCCUCCAUCCUCCCUGAAAGAAACCCUCAAAAACCCCUGACCACCCCUCCUGUCAAGGACGAUGAAGUACUACUGAAGUGUGUCAAAUCCUCUUCCUCUUAACCUCUUAGCGUUUUGUACUUUUUUUUCUCUGAGACCGAUUCAUCCCUGUUUUACCGCUGUAAAAGGAACGCUGGGGAACAAAGUUGUUGCGUGCCACUUCUUUUUGUUUUUAUGGCUUUCUUUUACUCCUUCCUUAUGAAUGCC